AUGUCCUUGGAAGUCCGCAUCAACGCGAAUGAAGAUCCUUUUGCCGACAACAACUACACGGUGUAUCGAUUUAGUCGCACGCAGAUUGAAAGAGCGUUGAGACGGGUAGAUGAGGGCAAGACACAUCCGCCCUGCUACUGGCCUUCCGACAUCGUGUCGGGAGGGGUCCCGCCGAAUGUUUCGCCCGAAAUGCAGCAAUUCUGGGCCGACCGAGCUGUACACCAAAGUUUGUCGGCAUUCGUAACGGGAUACGAAUACUGUCCGUGGUCAAAGAGCUGGAAUCGUGUGCCGAAGAUGCUUAUACCUGAACGACUUGGUCCUACAGAGCCCCCUAUCAUCGAAGCUUUUGAGGCGCCAAAUUACACUGGACCGUUUCGAGGUAUGUCUCAGGAUUGGGCGAUGUGGUUUGGCCACUGGAAUUGCUCGCAGUGUUUUCAAGAAACACCUCCUGUCUGCGAUGCUUGUCGUAAGGUUACGCUAGCCGUGCCAUUCUCCGAAAUGACUUUUGAUGUUCGCUCUGGAGCGAUAUUCAAGGCACCAGCGUGUCUCCUCGGGCGUUCCGAAAGAGACCCUUUGUUUAAGACAAAUAAGGCACACCGCAGCGGACAACAAAGACGUUCGAGACAUGCAUAGAACCGGAUGAGAACAAAUGGUUGGAAACUUCUCGCGGCCAUGAUAUCUUGUAGAUCGUUCGAACGGAUCGACUGUCCAUUACCCAAAACACCUCCUGGAGACGCUGGACGCCUCGAUAGCAAUUACGGAACAAACAAAUAUGAGCGCUUCGUCUCGCGAUGAAUACCGCAAAGCCUUAAGGCGGUCUGAGAAGAAUCAUCACUCGCACAAAGCACCAGACAAUCGGAAACGCAAGGCAGACCCUCCCGCAGACAGGAUUCCAACACUUUCGCAACUGGCUGCAAACGUCCCGCAUCAUCACGCAGACACUGGUGAUCAUGUUGCGAAGAGAUACAAAGGCAGCACUUCCAUCGAUGAGGCACCUGCACCAUGCUACUGGCCCUACGACGUCGUUUCGGGCGGCAUACCUCCACAAGUACUUCCAGAGCACAGUGCAUGCUGGAACCUCGACGAUGACAAGCAAAAUUUACGACAAUUCUAUCGCGAGUGGAAAUGGAAUCCAUACACACAUGCUUACUGCUGGCGUCCAGUCAUCUUUGACGAACACAAGUUCUCAACACCGGACCAUCGAGGAUGGGCUUCUGGGCGUAGCAUGGUGUGGGUGCGAGACGGCCGAGAUAUCAGUCCGCGGCGACGACCGACACCGGAAGAGAUGAAUGAGUUGGAAUGGCAAGAUUUCUCAAGUAGAGUGGGGUUGCUACUGGAUGCUGUGGAUGAGCAACAACAGGACGACGACAAGAAUGACAGAUAG